AAUGAAUUCCAGUACCAGCUCGGGCAUUACGUGUGGAUAUGUAAUCAUCUGCGUGGAUCUUGGAAAUAAAGAGUUGUAGCCGUUGCGAUUGUAUAUUAUUCAUUUAGCGAGUAUUUAAACGAAUACCUAAAUUCCACGCCCGCCACACGCUGUCUCCGGCGACCUGUAAUCGAUUACCGAGCUCGCACGACUGGCUUUUGUCGCGCUUGAUCCGUUUCUCGGCGUUUGACCGUUCACCCAGUAGAUCCUUCUUGUCUUCCCGACUGCCAGCCUUAGCCAGCUUGCCAGUCUUUGAGCCGAAGAUGGAGGAAGUAAGAGCAGGAUUAACUAGAGCUGCAGAUCCUUUAACGUGAAAGAAAGAGGAGGAGGAGGAGGGGAGAAUCGAGAGGCUGCUAAACGAGGAAAAAUGCAUAAUUAAGAGUGAUGAAGUUUUUGCUUUUAUCCCCUUAAAGCAACAGGUAAUGGCUGGUGCUUAAAUAGAAAUCGCACUUGGCCUCUUAAUAAUAAAAAAUAACGUUAUAAAUAAACUAAGAUAAAGAAAAAUCAGCAGUCUGUUAGUAUUCCAACUUGAACUGGACGCAGUACUUCACACAUUCCGCUUCUGCAACGCAUCGGCUCUCCGAUCACUUGUUGAUAACCGCAGACAGACAGAAGCUGGACAGACACACGAACGUUAAGUGACACAAAGUGCUCCACUCGACCCAGCCGUGACAUUAUAGACAAGACAGCUAGCGGCGCGCGUUACUUUGGGCUGGAAAGGGCACGGACGGAAGGACGGAUGAACGAAACGUACAAGUGAUCGGCGGCGCGCGGGGAUGCAGGUACAGGUGUAGACAGAACAACUUCGUGUAGCCACCUAAUUAUGGUGACAGCCCUGUCCCUCGACUAUGGAAACAGAGGCUGCUGAUGGCUACCUGACUAGUAACGGAGAUCUUUCUUCCCGAGAGGAACACACCAGAAUGGUGGUAGAUCUUUCCUGUAAUGCAGCUAAUGGUCGACAUUCGCCAGCAAUGAAAAACAUCAAGCUGGAAGAUCAAAGUGAGGAGGAGUCCGAAACUAGAGUUCUCGAUCAGGAGGAAGAAGCCCACACUGUGGAGGAGGCGAGUGGGGUAGACGAUGCAUUAAUGGGAAGCCCCAACGGACUCCAUGACACCAGCCAGGGACCGGAUGGAAAUGUUAAUGGAGGAAUCCGACUGCCCAACGGUGAAAGGCCAUUCCACUGCAAUCAAUGUGGUGCUUCAUUCACCCAGAAAGGAAACUUGCUGAGACACAUUAAGCUUCACACGGGAGAGAAACCCUUCAAGUGCCCGUUCUGCAGCUACGCGUGCCGGCGACGGGAUGCACUUACCGGGCACCUCAGGACUCACUCAGUGGGCAAGCCACACAAAUGCAACUACUGUGGGCGGAGCUACAAGCAACGCACGUCCCUGGAAGAACACAAGGAACGCUGUCACAAUUACCUGCAGAGCAUCAGUGUGGAUCCUGGGGCCCACCAAGCACCACAUGUGGAAGAAGGGAAAGAGCAGGAAGCUUUGGACGAAAGGAUGUCGUUAGUGCCUUUUGAAAGACCACCAGUUAUUGAGCGGCUAAACAGCAAUGUCGGGAAGCGAAAAAGCACAACACCUCAGAAAUUUGUGGGUGAGAAGCAUAUCCGGUACGGCUACCCAGACAUGCGUUUUGAUAUGAAUAUCAAGUACGACAAAGACGCUGAGAUGAUUCAUAUGAUGGACCAGGCCAUGUCCUACUUGGGGACCGAUCCGAUGCGCCCUCUCUUACACCAUCCACCGGUCUCCAUGGCAGACGUCGUGCCCAUGAUGAACCCUCUUUACUCUCAGGUCUAUCAUGCAAACAGGAUUGACCGUCCAAGUGGCAAAGAAGCGGUUCCAGUGACUCACGAUUUUCCAGCCGAUGGACCGAUAUCUCUGAUCAGACCAAAGAUCAUAUCAAUGGAGCGAGAAGCAUCUCCGAGCAAUAGCUGCCUGGAGUCGGUCGACUCGGAGAGCAGCAGUCAUGAAGAACGCUUGAGGUAUCCAAGCAGCCACGCAUCAAGUGCCAAAGCUAAACAAAGUCCCGCAUACUCCAAAGACGAGCAGACCACCCUAGAUAUGAGCAAGACUGCGGCCGCGGCGAUCACCUCGGCCGUGGGCACCCCUAAAGACGUCUACAAGGUAUAUAAUGGAAACGGGGACCACAUCAAAGCAUUCAAGUGUGAGCAUUGCCGCGUGCUCUUUUUAGACCACGUGAUGUACACCAUACAUAUGGGUUGCCAUGGCUACAGGGACCCUUUGGAGUGCAACAUAUGUGGCUAUCGGAGUCAAGAUCGCUACGAAUUCUCGUCUCACAUGAUUCGUGGAGAGCACAUAUUCCACUAGUUGGCGCGAGGUGUCGUCCUAAAUCAUGUCGGAUUUUAGAGGGUAUGUGGACAGGAUGCGAAAGAUGAAGUUCUGUGCUCUUUAUCGUUUAUUGUCAUUUUUCAGGAAACGACUUCCGGUCAUAUAUUUACUUGUGUCUAUAUGUGUGUGUGUUUUUAUAACAUUUUCUAAAAAAAUUUUGGCUCUUUGUAAUUAGUUACACAGUUGCAGUCCUGUAUCUUAUUGUAUUUUAUGCAUAUUUGUAGGAUUUUCUCAGGUACAUCUAAAAAAGGUAAAUAAGAAUUUGUUUUGAUCUACAUACGUCAGGUGGCUCAUACAGCCAGAAGACAAUUUCUUUCUUGGAAGUGCAUGUCCGAGAGAGACAAAGAUAUGAAUAUCUCUCUAUCUGAAGGACGUUACACAAUAUUGGCACCGUUACCUGCAAGCAUUAUUAUUAUGAUGGAGGACGCCCCACUGCGGCUUUCGUAAGAUCUGAUAAAUGUCUGAAAAUUAUAGCGAUAUGUCCUCAGGGCUGGGCUUUUGAUUUCAUCACCAAACACCGCCUGCUCUUUCACAUAACAUUAAACUGCUCAGACCAAGAACUGCACGAACUGAUGGCAGCCCCGUUUGUCAUCGGCUCGACUAAUCAUUAUACGAAAUUCUGCGUUAUUACAAUAAAAAUGUAUUUAAGAUGUUACGUUUACCCUGAUUAUGCUGACAGUGUGCAAAAGUCUCCUUCAUAAUGUGGGGGGCAUAAUCAUAAUGUUACCUGAAGAACAUCUGGAGCGUCAGCGUUUGGUGUCUUCAUGGCCGAUAAACGCUUAAUUAAAAGGACUCGUAGAGUGACGUGCGGCCCCUUAGAAUGAAGGGGGGUUGUCAUGGGGGGUAUCGCUUGUGACAUUUAUUCAGUUUCAGAUUGUAACGUCUGUCAUUUACAGAAUGGCCACAAGUAUCAUGUGUGUUGUCCGUCUUGGCAUGUGAAGGAUAAACCUUUAAUUACUAAUUACCUCAUUCUCGUAAAAAUGCGCAGAGCACAAAAGGGUUUAGCGUUAAAUCCUCUUCACGUUGGAAGCGAGACCACUCGUAACGGGGGGUUAUUAUGAAGAAUUAAGGGCAUUUGGUUUAAUAUACUUUUUUAUUAUUUUAAAAUGAGCCUACCGAAACGGCCUCUGGAUCCUGAUUCACGCCCACCCACGCAAUCAGUUUGGGGCUUUAAUAGGGGCGCCUUGAAGAGAUUUCCACAUUCAGAAGGUCCUACUGCUAAUUGUGCUGCUCACCCUGACAUUUGGAGAACAGUUUGGACUUUUAAUGGGCUACACAGUAAACUUAGUUGUUUAUUUUUUAAAUGCACUUAUCACAUUUGUAAAUUAUUUCAAAGUAGCAAAGGAGCAUGUGGGGAGUGGAUUAUGCCAAGAGAGACCCUGAAAGGAGUUUUUAUGAACAAAAAAAAAAUGUAGGAAUUUACAAACUGCAUGGCACAAAAACAGUAUUCUCAAGAUAGCCUCGGGAUUCUGAAAUUAGUCUGCACCGAUGGUGUGUGUGUGUGUGUGUGUGUGUGUGUGUGUGUGUGUGUGUGUGUGUGUGUGUGUGUGUGUGUUCGUUCUCUGAACCUGCUUGUUCCAGUCUGGCCUGCCAUAGUCAGGAGGAGGGCUGCAGUCGGCUCAGUGCCAGUGAGUGAAGUCGGACGCCUCGGUCGGGCCACAGAAAGGAUGUGCGCACUUGAACCCUGCACUCCGACACCCACAUUUAAUAGAUCUGCAGUAUAUUUACACUAUGGCGCUACUGGCCCAUUGGAUCCAGUGCCUUGGGGUCAGGUCGUGCACUGGGACAAUGCGACAAUGUCUAUGUGGAGUCUGCAUGGAGACUGUUCAGCUGGGAACUUCUGUGUUCCUCCGACAAUCCUCGAAGGCAUGAAGGACUCAGACUGAGCAGGUGUGAGUGGGAGCUCUAUGGGCUGGCAACCACAUGUAUUAGUCAGUUACUGGUUGUGCACGUUUUACAUCUAUAUACGUAGUCAGCACAGUAUCGGUCUGUCUGUUAUAAAGGGCCUUUUACAUCUGUCUGUCUGUCUGUCUGUCUUAUAUAAUCCUUCUCAUAACUGUGUCUGUCCAUCUAUUUAUAUGGUGCCUUUUAUAUUCUAUGUAAUCUAUCUAUCUAUCUAAUCCUGCCUAUUACACUAAAACAUCUAUCUAUUAUAUAGUACCUUUCACAUCUAUCCCAUCUGGCUGUCUAUCUGUCUUAUAUAGUCCUUUUCAUAACUGUGUCUGUCCAUCUAUUUAUAUGGUGCCUUUUAUAUUCUAUGUAAUCUAUCUAUCUAUCUAUCUAAUCCUGCCUAUUACACUAAAACAUCUAUCUAUCUAUCUAUUAUAUAGUACCUUUCACAUCUAUCCCAUCUGUCUGUCUGUCUUAUAUAGUCCUUUUCAUAACUGUGUCUGUCCAUCUGUAUGUCCAUCUAUUUAUAUAAUGCCUUUCAUAUUCUAUCUAUCUAUCAAAUCCUGCCUAUUACACUAAAAUAUCUAUCUUUCUAUCUAUCUAAUCCUGUCUAUUAGAUAUCAAUCUAUCUAUUAUAUAGUACAUUUCACAUCUAUUCCAUCUGUCUGUCUAUCUUAUAUAGUCUUUUUCCUAACUGUGUCUGCCGAUCUAUUUAUAUGGUGCCUUUCACAACUAUCUAUCUAUCCUAUCUGUCUGUCUGUCUGUUAUAUAGUGCCUUUCAAAUCCAUCUUUGUAUCAAAUCCAUCUGUGUAUAUUUCUCUCUUUUAUCAAUCAGUUUGAUUUGUCUUAUACCCACAGGGCAAAUUGUAGUAAAAUACCCAGCUACACGAGCUUAAUAAAUAUAUAUUAUGUAUUUAUAUCUCCGAUAUAUUCUGUUUUCUGUCUGUCUGCAUGUCUGUCUAUCACACUGACACACACAUAUAUAUAUAUAGUGUUUGUAUUUAUAUUUGUAUACAUAAACUCUGUAUAUGUGUGUGUGAGUAUGUAUGUAUUUUUCCAUCUUCCGUCCCUUUUCUUAUCCAUAUACAGUAUAUCCUCGAAUUUCCCUGUGGGAUUCAUAAAGUUCAUCUGAUCUAACCUAAUACUGUAUGUGCAUACUUGCUGACUAAUCAUGUAAAGGCAAAACUUUAAAUUACGCCACAGUCACAUUCAAUGAUGUGUGUCUGUUUGCUUGCUUAUUUUCUUCUCCUUCUUUUUCUUUUUCCUUCUCCCCAUCUUGCCUUCUUAUUGCCGCAAAUCCAUGAAUGCCCCAUGGCGGCUUCCCCUCAGGGUUUUGUUUUGUUAUCAGUAAGGCUCGGCCGGCCAUAACAGAGUCCGCUCCCUCUUUUGUAACAGAAGGCCCGCUCCCGGUGGGUGUGCGUGCGUGCGUGCGCGUGUGUGACUCAGUGCGUGCGUGUGCGUGUGCGUGUGUGUGACUCGCGCGUCUCUCUGUCUUGAUCAUGUAGCCCGUGGCCGCAGCAGACGCUGCUGUGUGCACAAAUUGUAACCCUAAGAUGUUUUAUUUUAUUUUGUUAUGUUGCGUUUAACGAAGCAUCGCUCCGAGUUUGUAGUCACUUAUAACAAAGCUGCUGACUUGUUUUAUCCUUAUUUUUAUUAAAAAAAGAAAAAGCAUCAGCAAGUUUGUGCGCUGUUUGUAUUGUUGCCGAUUGAAGUUCUUGUUCUCAUUGUGUGUUCGGCGUCCUCGUGAUGGGGUGACGCUCUGCUUGUUCCUUAGCCAUAUAAUCUGUUUACAGUUUGUCAUUUUUACUAAAAUCUGUUUUUUGAUUUGAAUAAACUUGAAGAGAACAACAUUUGUCCAAGUGUACAGACGAGGUACGCACCUGCAUUUUCUUCCAUUGCCUAUUUAAUUGUAAAACUGUAAAAAGAAAAAAAGUUUUAUUUUCCUUGAAAAUGUUCAUAAAAUGUUUAAUGUGUGGGUUGAUAUACAGUAGGUGUAUAUUUUUUAAGAUAUCUAAAUAUAUUUACAUAUUCAUAUAUAUUUUAAUUGCUUGUAAAAGACUACUGAGAGGGCUUUUCUUAUUGAAAACAAUGGCUGUUUUAUUUUUCUGAACAGGCAACUCAGGACCAUGUGAAGAAUUUAUUACUGUUAUUUUGUAAACGGCUUUUUAAAAGGGACAUUCAAUGUUUUAUUUAAAAGUCUGGGAUGAUAUUUUAUUAAAGAUUCUAUUUCAAUCUUU